GGCAGUAAAGCAAUUUAAAGGAUAACCAAUUGGUGUUAUAUUCAUAGAAAUGACAGGCUUCAGGUAGUUCUGUGAGCAAGACGGACAGUGACCAACAGUUCAAUGCAAAUAUUGUUUUAGCUAGCAACUAACAGUUAUUAUGAGCCUUUUAUAUUCAUAGGAGGAUAACUCUUCUGUCUGGUAGCUAAUUGGCUUACAGGCAACAUAUCAGAUAGGCUAAUCAUAACAGUGGAAAUUGUUUGCUUAUAUUUGUAUUUAACAUAAGAGAAGCAAAAGAGUAACUUUAACCCUAAAAAUGGUUAGCAGUCGGUGACAAAGCUGGUUUAUAAGCCUUUAGAAAGAUGUGGGCAUGCUGAAUAAUGUUACCUGCAUGUUACUACAAACUGAGCAUCACACUAAGAGGCGAGUUACAUCAAAGGUUUUGACUGUAACAAAAUAACUAUCAUUUCAGAGCACCGACGCUUCCCCUGGUCAGGUGAACGUGAGGAUGACGAAAAUGAGUACAAAAAUGUUAACGUGUGUACAGACAGACACUUCAAAACCAGAGGGAGGCAGCAAAGCAAUAUAAAGGGUGAAAAACUGCAGUGAGCUCCCCAAAGAAGAAGAGCAGGCCUCAGGUAGCUCUGUGAGAAAGAUGGACAGUCCCAAGCAGUUAAAUUUUCACGUGUCUAUCCGGAAGGGAUCUUCUAUUCCUGCUCUGCAAAAAUGCAACACUUGCUGUUCUCCAGGAAAAUUUCAUUGUCCGUUUUGUUCACCUGAAAUUUUCAAACCCACAAACCGCCCCAGUCUUAGGAUCCACUUGGACAGCCAUCGAAGGGAAGCCUUUGAAACUGGAAAAUACACCUUCCACAGAUGUAGACUCCAGUGCAGAAGUCAGGCGCAUUACCACUGUUUGUACUGCAAAGCCACAGUGAUAAGAAAGAAAACUUUCCACAGUCAUCUGUCAUUUUGCAGUGAGCAACAACAGAGGAGGGUCCGGAAAUUAUCCAAACUACAGGCUGAAUUGGCACAAAGAAUCCAAAAUGACAGAGGGAGCCCUUCAUAUGACAUGGAGAGUGAUGUUAACAGUAACGGCAUAACUAUCGUCUCAGAUUCAGAGGGCCAAAACAGCCACAGAGCCAGCGGCGGCCAUUCUGUGUCUCACAGUUUCACCAGAUCAGGCAAAUGUGACACUGGGAGGAAAAUGACGAGGAGUACAGAGAUGGACUCCUCUAAAUGUCACAAAGGAGUACAGACAGACACUCCAAAACCACAAGACUGCGAUGAGUAUUACUUUAUGACCCUCACGAAAGUGUUUAAGAAGUUGGCUCCUCAGAAAAAGGCAGGGGUCAGGAUGAAAAUCGAGCAUCUUCUUCUUGAAGCUCAAUUUACAUAG